GUGCGUGUGUGAGUGUGUAUGUGUGUGUGUGUGUGUGUGUGUGUGUGUGCGUCUGAGAGAAGAGUAUUGAGCUGAAAUCUGUCAGAUUCAAACACACUGCUCUGUGUGUGAGAGUGUGUGUGUGAGAGAGAGAGAUCCGGAGGAUGAGAAGAAAAGAGCUGAGGAACAGAUAGAAAGAGACAGAGGACUAUGAAGUGAGGCCAGGUUCCACCUCACAGACCGGGACCUCGUCAGAUUUCAUGGACAAGUCAACCCAGGCGGCGUCCCCCGCAGAGAGCUGCUGUUUAACUCUGAUGCCGAAGCACCGCACGCGGCCGUAGAGCAAGAAGAGGGGUCGGGGUGAAAGGUCGCAGACUACAGCGUUCAUAAGUGCGGGCUUUGGGAAAGGAAGGUCAAAGGUCAAGGAGUCAAAAAUGAUGACUUCACACGGAAAGCUGAGGAAGGAGAAGGGCAGCCUGGCCGAGUAUGAAUCCCAGAUGAAGGACCUGCGGGCCCAGCUGACAGACCAGAUCAAGAUUCUAGACUCUCAGGUGGAGGUGAAGCAGCAGCAGCUCUCAGACAUGUCUGAGUUUCUGCGCCGUCGGGGCGACAUCGAGACGGAGUACGCACGAGCCCUGGAGAAACUGACCGAGAGGUUCACGCACAAGACCAAGAAUGCGGCGACCUGGGUUUCCACCUGUCCCUGGAGAGAGUGAUGAAGUGUUACCUGGCCAGCCGGUGGCGGAUCCAGAAGACAGAGGAGACGGGGCUGAAGCAGCUGGAGGCCGCUGUGACGUCCCUGGACCAAAGCGGGGACAGGGACGCGUUGCUACAGCAGCACGAUGCAGCUUUCUGCCUGCCGUUCAGGUUUAACUACCACCCGCAUGAGGGGGAUCAGGUGUGCGAGGUAAGUGCGGAGAGCCAGGUGAGGUACGAGCUGGAGACCAGGUUCCAGCAGCUUCAGUCUCGACUCGCCUCGGUUACGUUGGAAACAGAGGAGAUCAGUAAAACGCUCAAAGCCACGCUCGCGGCCCUGUUAGAGUCCAUGUGCGACAGCGACUGUAACCCCGCCCCCGACGUGCCCAGCAGCCUAUCACAUGAGCCAGCCGGGGGAAGCUCCGCCCCCAAACUCGCCCUUGCUAAGCGUCGAGCCAAUCAGCAAGAGACAGAGACCUACUACUUUACAAAAGUGAAAGAGUUCCUCAUCAGCAGCUCUCUGUCCUCCAAACUUCAAGCCAAACAUGAUCUUCUACAAGAGGCCAUACAGAAAGCCGAGGCCAUCGACAGCGACCCGUCCAGAACGCAAUGUGCUCGGUCAGUGCGUAUUCGGAAGUCCAGACCUGUUUCCCAAUUCUGCCACACACUCUUCACCUCAGACAUACUCUCCUACAUUCAGAGCUCUGGACAGCAGAUUCCUGUGGUGGUUGAAAGCUGCAUCCGUUUCAUAAACCUGCACGGCCUCCAUCAUGAGGGGAUUUUCAGAGUUCCUGGCUCACAGAGGGAGGUCAACGUCAUCAGAGAUGCAUUUGAGAGAGGAGAGGACCCUCUGUCUGACAGCGAGUGUGAUCUGGACUCUGUUGCUGGUGUGUUGAAGCUGUACUUCAGGGGCCUGGAGCCUCCUCUGUUCCCCUAUGAAAGCUACUCUCAGCUGCUGGAGUGUGUCCAAAUCGAGGAGGAGACGGAGAAAGCCGCCCAGAUUAAAUCGAUCCUCUCCACCUUCCCGCGUUCUCUCCUCAUCGUGAUGCACUACCUGUUCGCUUUCCUCAACCA